UGUUGAAUUCGGAGACGGAAGGCAGGCGAGCGAGCAACCCUAACCCUAACCUUAAGGAGGAACCCUAACCCUAACCUUAAGUCCCAUAUCCGCAGGGUAGGCACAAAAAUCUACCGAAGUUUCUCGCCUUAACCGAUCGCAACCCAAUAGCGUUGGUAGGGGAGGAGGAGCGGCCGGUCGCCGGUGGGGAUUAGCGACGGAUUUCCCCUAAUCCCUACGUAUUCACAGGCAUACGAGAUACGACGAUGGUGGCGCUUCUUCGACAGGGGUUGAUGAGGAUCGGUGGCUCCGUGCUCCAGCAAACCCAUCACUCGGCGGUCACGUCACCGGCGGUUGCUGCCGCGCCAAGGCGCAUGCUCAGUAGUAUUAUCGAGAAGCGUGCUCGUCAGAGGCAUAACGAGCAACUUCUGGAGGAAUUCAAGCUCCUAAAGCCGCAUCAGGUUUGCUGGGAGUUGAUAAAGCUUUUUCCGGCAAGAAAAGUAUUUAACCUUGUGGCAAUUACAGCUGCAACUGUUACGUUAGCCUGUGCAGGAAGAUCAGUGAAGGAGGCUGAGAAGAAGCGCCAUCAAGUGAGAGAAGAAGCAGAACAAGUGAAGGGAGCAGAGAAGAAGCGAGAGCAGUGAACAAGGCUUUUUUUUUUCUAUGUCUGGGAAUGUUACCCAACUCUAUAUGUUAUCACUAUUCUGGGGAUGUUUAUGAUAUGCUAGCUAGAACCUUGGUAUCACUGAUGAACUGUUAUAAGUGCUAUCUUGUGACACAUGGUAUGUCAGUCACAUAUAAUUGAUGCAUUGUGUGUUGGUUUGGACCCCA